AUGCCUCUCGAGGAUACUGCAGCGUCAGCUCUAAACGCUUCAACUAAAAAUGGGAAUCUAACCGGUGUAGCUGAAGAAUUAGCUGAUGGUGUCAACAUAGCCGCCAACGGUCCCAAGCCCACAGUUGAAGAGCAAUGGCACGGCCCUGACAAAGAGAAUGGAGGUGUUGAUGCGGGAGAAGAUGAUGAUGCAAACAAUGCUACACCUGUUCUAGAGGAAGUAGCCCCUAAGAAGAAAAAGAAGAAGAGAAAGCCAAAAAGUGCUAGGAAAAAUCCUCCUCCAACCGGGUUCGAAGACAAUAUUGUCGAUGGACCUUUCCCACCUGAGAUAGUGUCUCUUGAAAACGAGCUUUACAGCCCCUCUAAGUCUUUCGCUGAGCGCAUUGAGACCUGCAUUCAACGAUACCGCGCCAAGCGCAAAUGGGACCCCGUCCGCCUCCAAAUCCUCACUUCCUACCUCAAUCUUGGGGGAGUCUCCACUGGUCCCAAAGCUUACUCUGGAGGUGUCGAUCCUAAAAAUGUCGAUAACCUUGAUGCGGAGACCAUACAGACCAUGACAGCGACUGACUUUGUGGACAAAGAUGACGAGGACACGGAAUGGGAGAUUGACUUUGAAUAUGUUGUUCGGGGUUUUCUUAGCUAUAGAGUUCCUUAUGUACUAGGGUACAUGAAAUUCGAGGAAUUGGAGCUGAGUGCGAAAGUGGUCAGAAACUUUCUCAACUACAUCAUCUACCACAACGUAGCCCCAGAGCACGAUGAAUCCAUCCGUUCUGCGAUCGCAAUCACCGAACUUGGUGAGAAAGAGCUAAUUCUAUGCCGUCAAGUUUCCGCGCGUUUGCCAGGAAAAUUCAACAUGGCCUGCUCCACCCUAUACGGUGGAUACUAUGCAGGCAUUAAGGAUGAAUCGCUCACCUGGAGCGGCGGUGCCUACUCCGAUAUCGGACUCACAGAUUUCGAGGCCAUUCAGAUCGUCAAAGCUUGCCUCGGGAAACGUGGCACUGCUUUGCAGAUAGAGACAGGGCCCAGGAUGAAGCUUCUCAAAGGGGAAUAUCUUUCCUUGGAGGUUAUUGGGAUUGUGCUUGCGGGGACGGGUGGUGUAAAGAAACCACUCCCAGAACACAUCCAGAAGGAUAUCGAUGAGGGUGUCAUCCAACCAAGGUCCAAUAUUGACGAGCCAAUCGCCGCGGAUCCAUCUAAAAAGGGAUAUGAACCUGUGGGGCUCAAUGCACUCGGGAAGCUUCUGGUAAAGGUGUGGUGCCCUGAGGGCCCGGAGGAAUCUGAAUGGCCAGAAACCGAUUUGGAUGAGUUUGAGAUCUGGCUGGAGAUGGAGACUUUGCAGUAUUGCUUUGUUGGGAUGCAUCUAGAGGCAAAGGUGCACACCAUGAGUAAUGGGGUCAUCUGGAUCGAUAGCGUUACUGGCGUCCAAUGCUCCUUCUAUCUCCAUUUGGACUCCCCAGAUAAGGAGAUCAGUGAGGAUGAGUUUGAUUAG